AUGGCGGCUGUUGUGGCUCAGCCUCAUUUUAUCUUCGGUCUCAGGACAAAUGUGACAAACAACGUGAGUUUCUGUGAUGAAGAGACUGUGGUGUUUCCCUGUGGAAACAACUGUGUGACCUACAACUCAGCCCAGGACAGUCAGAGGUUUAUCCCAGUCUCAGACAGAAGUCCAGGCCUCAGAGCUCUGACCAUCAGCGCCAACCGCCGAUACCUGGCAGCAUCAGAGAGCGGAGAGAGAGCGACCAUCACAGUGUUUGACCUGCAGCACGAGCAGGGCAGGAAGAGAAAGGUCCUGACUCCUGGGGACGUCCCAGUCCUGGAGUUCAUAUGCAUAGACUUUUCCCCCGACAACAAGUACCUGAUUGGUCAGACCACAGGACCUGAGUGGGUGCUCAUCCUUUGGCUCUGGGAAAAACAGAAAGUUCUGUCGACUGUGACAACAGGAAGUUCAAACAAUCCAGUCACCAGGGUUAGCUUCAAUCCAUUCAAUAACACACAGGUGUGUGUCAGCGGCAGUGGGGUGCUCAAACUGUUCCGUUAUGCAGAGGGAUCCCUAAAACAGACCAGUUUUCCUAAAGUGGAGUCUGUUAACUUCCUGUGCCAUGCCUGGUUGACUCAGGAACGCGUCGUGGCCGGGACAGACUCUGGCCGACUCCUGAUCUUUGAAUCUGGAGAAUUGAGAAAAGAAAUAAAUCUUAGCAAUGCAGCCGGCCAAGAGAGAGUUGAUCGACCUGUGGAGAUGAAGAGGAUGAAAGAGGCUGACGUGGACGAGCGCUCCUCACAGCUCAGGGUCACGGCUCUUACACCUCUAUCCAAAGGCUUCGCUUGUUCUGCAGGACCGGGCACCGUAAGCCUGUUUGAGAGAACUAAAGACGACGGAUACCGAAAGAGACAGGACAUACUGAUUGUUUCUGACACUUUGGGCGCUGAGCUCGUCCCGGCGGAGUCCCAGGAGAUCCACAGCUUGUGCGUGAGUCCUGCAGAGGAAACGAUGGUCAUCAGCACAGACAGAGGACAGCUCUACAGUGUGUCUCUGUCCUCCUCUCACAAGAACAAGGAAGGACAGGUACAUUUUGAGUUCCUGACGCAGCCUUUUCACUCCAAACCCAUCACCGGUUUGUCCACUUGUCUACGAAAGCCGAUAGUUGCCACGUGCUCCCUGGACCGUUCUGUGCGUAUUUGGGACUAUGAAAACAAGUCACUUGAACUGUACAAGGAGUUCCAGGAGGAGGCCUACAGUGUGUCUCUUCACCCCACAGGACAUUUUAUUCUUGUGGGCUUUUCAGACAGGCUCAGACUCAUGAACCUUCUUGUCGACGAUAUUCGGACAGUUAAAGAGUUUGCUGUGAGAGGCUGCAGAGAGUGCGCUUUUAGCCACGGAGGACACAUGUUUGCCGCCGUCGGUGGAAACGUCAUCUCGAUUUAUUCUGUCACAUCUUUUGAGAACAUCAUCAACCUGAAGGGCCACAAUGGGAAGGUGCGAGGGAUUGAGUGGGGUCCAGACGACAGGCGCCUGGUGUCCUGCGGGAUGGAUGGGGCUGUGUACGAGUGGAACACACAAACUGGCAAAAGGGAGUCAGAGAGUGUGAUCAAAACAUGCAGCUACACAGAUAUGAGUCUCUCCUCUGAUUUUAAAACUAUUAUAGCCGUCGGAACAGAUCACACGUUAAAGGAGAUCCAAGACUGUCAGGUCCUGAGGGAGGUCCCUGCAGAUGAGGUGGCCCACUGUGCGGUCGCAGUGUCCCGCACUGGCAGAGUGGUCUUCACAGGGACCAGUAGUGGGGCCAUUAGAGCUGUUAAGUACCCACUACCAACGCAGAAAGAGUGGGUCAUGUACCAGGCUCAUAGUGCUUCUGUCACCAAGAUGCUAAUCACUCUGGACGAGCAGUUUCUUGUGACUGUAUCUGAAGACGGCUGCAUGUUAAUCUCAAAGAUCAUUGACAAAGAAGGUCGCAGACUGAAGACGAACAGGCAGAUUAUCCACACGGAGGAGGUCCUCGUUACCAAGUCCGACCUGGAGGAGAAGAAUCAGACGAUGCUCGAGUUGAAGAUGAGACUGGAGGAGAUGCAAAUGGAAAAUGAGUAUCAGCUGCGCCUUAAAGACAUCAACUACAAUGAGAAAAUUAAAGAACUCACCGAAGGAUUUACCCAACAAAUUCAGUCUCUGCAGGAAACACAACAGGUUUUGAAGUCUGAGAUGGAAAAACAGGAGCUUGAGUAUCUGGGGAACUCUGCUGAAGCUCUGGAGAAACAUUCAAAAGAAGUUAAAGACUUAGAGGUGUCCUACAGUGAAAAGCUCAUAGUGGAGCACGAGCGCUUCAUGGACCUACAGCGUGAGUUUGAGAGGAUGACGCAGGACUAUGAGCUGAAGCUGAAGGAAGCAGCGGAGAGGAACUGUCAGAGUCUGGAGGAGCAGAGGCGGCGAUAUGAGGCACAGCUACAGGAGAGGAGCGACCUACUGGCACAGACGGAGGAGCAAGCAAAAGAGCAGAUAGAAGACUACAAGGAAAUGAUAAAACAAAUUGAGGAAGAUGAAGAGAAAACGGUCCAUGAAAUGCAAAUCCAGUAUGAGAAGAAACUGCACACAGAGAAGGAGGCCAACAAGAAUUUGAAAGGGGAAACUGGCAUCCUGACGCAAAAGUUCUACAGCCUGCAGAGGCAAAUAGACGACCGCAACAACGACAUCAAUGCACUGAAACAGGAGCGGCAGGAUCUACAAGGCCUCGUGCGCUCCCAAGAGGGCGACAUCAGCGACCUCAAGAGGAAAAUCUCUGGGCUAGAGAAGACCAAUCAGAACAAGGAUAAUACUAUAUCCACUUUGAAGAAGAAGAACCAGGACCUGGAGAAACUUAAGUUUGUGCUUGAGUUUCGCAUAAAUGAGCUGGAGAAUCAGACUGGGCCUCAACAAGAGGAGAUACAAGCACAGAAAGAGAAGAUACAAAAGUUGGAGGAUGAGCUGCAGCAGAUUGGUAAACUGAACGCACAUCUGAAGCUCACAACUUCUCAACUGAGGCUCAGGCUCAGGACCAAAGACAAAGAGAUGCACAAAGAAAUGCAGAAGAUGAAGGAUUUAGAGACUCAUCUGCAGCGACUGAAGUCUGAGCUCCACGUCUGUGCUGGUUUUAUCCAGGAGCCAAAAAAACUAAAGGACUGUGUUCAAAUGAUCUACAGUCGAUAUGUGCAGCCGAGUGACACGGUGGACAAGAGCAGUUUUGAGGAGGAGAUCCAGCAGGUGUUCGGGCUUCAUCAACGUCACCUGGAGAGGACUGUGGCAAGUCUAAAACUAAGACUGGCCAAAACAGCUGAAGAGCAUGAGAAGACCUACACAAAACUUAUGAAAGAGAACGUGUCCUUGAUCGGUGAAAUCAAUGAAUUACGAAAAGAGCUGAUCACGUUGAAGUCAAGGGGUAAAACAACAGGCAAGAAGUCCAGCCGAUCACGUCCGAGUUCAGGACCCACAGAGAAAACACCCUGUGGAGAUCCUGUUCUAAAUGUUUAG